AUGUCCGCCGUAGAUGCGGGCCUGCAAGCUCUUCUUGACAAAGCUUUCGGCACUGCUGUGGGCGAAAUUCGGAGGGAGUUCAAGGACUUUCGAACCUUGCAGCUGCAAACAGCAGAGCAACUUUCCGAACUACUUGCAGGAUUUCAGUUGCUGAAGGAGGCGAGCUUCCAAAACCUCCAAGGAGGAACUUCCGAGUCUCUCAAGUCUGCGCCCAAGAUGGUGGAGCCGCUGGUCCGUGACCCAGUGGCCCAAGUACCUCGAAGCCGCUCGAAUCCUGCAAAGAUUCCGAGUUUGGAAGACUUGGAGAUGCAAAUCAUCAGACAAGCUUCAUUUGGGUUGCGCUCAGCCCCCUUGAAGUCAAAGCAGUGUUCACCUGUGCUUCCAAGCGACAAGGCAUUGGAAAUCCCUGCCUCUGUCCGUGAGCACUCGGAUCCCAAUGUGAAAAGCUUCUGUCCAGUGCUGGUGCAACCUCCACCUGAUCCCCCAAAUCCUCCGCGCCCUCUACCGGGUCAGCUUGAGCCGCAGCCGCCAAAGCAGCCAAACUCCCUGUUAGGAUCGGAACAGUUGGAAGCUCAAGUGCCUCCACUGGCUGAAAGGCGACUAUCGACAAGUCUUUCAGGACAGGGAAGAGGUUCAGGCUUGGACAGUUUGAGCCGCCAUACGGUGACUCAGAUUCUCACAAACAGAACAAGUGAUCCAGGGACAACGUCCAAGAUCUUUUUGGAAAAGAUUGGUGUCAGGCUUUGGCUAGAUUGGAGCAACAUGGUGACAUUCAUCAUCAUCCUGAUGAGUCUUUGCGAACUGGUGCUAUCGGCACUUUUGUUCAACUCGGGCUGGCGGCACCAUGCAGAGCUAAAGACAACUUCAUCGCUUAUGGUUUUCAGCAUUUUGGCGAUCUUACUUCUGCGUCAGAUGAAGCGGACCCUGCACUCAGAGGAUUUGAACAAGGCCAUUGAACUGCUGGACAACUUUGUGAGAGACUCUGGACAGGGACUGGACUGGGGCAGCGUCGCCAAGAAGCAGUGGAUUCGGUUGUUGGUGUUGUGGGCAAUGUUCUUCCUCAGCUUCUCCACCUUCCAGGCCGUGGAGCUGGGCAUUGAAAUUCCAGAAGUAGGUUCUCAGUCAUUUUCCGAGCCUUUGCUUCUUCUCAAAGUCAUGAUCUUAGUGACGAACUCUCUCUCCUUUGCCGUCUGCAGCCUUGUUGUCACGAACUGUGCUGACUUUCUCUACAACUUGCUGGUCGGAUUGGAGAAGACCCUCGACUGCUGGUGUGCUGACAUCAUGGAAAGGCCAGACUUCAUCAGUGGAAUUGAGAGUUGGAACUCCUUACAGGCACUGCUGAAAUGCGCUGGGAGAGAGAUCACACCUUCUUUCACAGCCUUGAAUCUGCUGGGCUACGCCGGGAUCCUCGUCGCCUUGGCGAGCUUCUUCAGCCUCCUUCUCGACGUAGCCUAUAUUGACAGCUGGAGUGUGGUUCUUCAUGAGUCUGGUCUGAUUCCUUUCCUGUAUCUCUUCAUUGUGUCCGUGAUCCUGUUUGCAAAGGGAGCAUCGCUCAGCGGAAAGUGUCGCCAGGUCCCAGCCUUUGUGAACCAGCUGGGAGGAGAUGCGGGAGCUGAUACCGACCGGCAGUACCUGGUGCAGUUCAUCUCGGACAGUGCAGCUGGUUUCAUUGUCCAUGGAGUGACCUUGUCGCGAAGUGAUCUUCUGAAACAGCUGCACAUCUUGAUCGCAAUCUUGUCUGGGUUGGCUGGAGCGCUGAUGCGCCGCCAUUAUUGA